CAUAGCGGUGGAAUUUUGUUUUUGGCGCUUCAAUCUCUCUUAUAACUCACAAUUCAGACACAACCCAAAUCUUUCUUACAUAUAAAUAUAUCAGAGGACACAUCUUAUGUGUUCAAAUUAAGAACUUCUUAUUUCUUGAAUUCCUUCACUCAAUCUCUUUGCUUCAUCUCAAAACCAUUUUAAGCAGUCCUACGAUUCCUUUCUUAUUCUGUUCUGGAAAAGUGCAAAAAAAAGUUGGUGAUGGGUGAUCACUUUGUGCUGUUGGUGGAUAGAUUGAUAACAGAAUCAACAUUGGAAGCUGCUAUUAGAAGCAGAAAUCAGUUGAUGGUUGCAGCAGAAGCGGCUGUUCUUGAAACUAAAAUUGAUAUAUCUCCAAAAAGUUUGGAAUUUGGAGAUGCUGGGAAAAUAGUGGAGUGCAGGAUUUGCCAGGAUGAGGAUUAUGAUUCCAAUAUGGAGACGCCUUGCUCUUGCUGUGGCAGCCUCAAGUAUGCUCACCGUAGAUGCGUACAGAGAUGGUGUAACGAGAAGGGUAAUACCAUGUGCGAGAUAUGCCAUCAGCAAUUCAAGCCUGGGUAUACAGCUCCACCACCGUUGUUUCAAAUCGGACAUCUUCCGAUGAAUUUCAGAGGAAAUUGGGAGACCUCUAGAAGGCAUGUAGACGGUCGACCCGUUAUUGCAAUGGUGUCAAGUCACCAUAAUUUUCUUCAUCCCGAGUAUGAAGAAGAGUACAAUUCUGCUUCAGCAGGAAACUUUAUCUGCUGUCGUACAGCUCUUAUAACUUUCAUGGUUCUUUUAAUUCUACGACAUACUCUACCAAUCAUCCUCGACAGAGCAGAUGAUAUUUCUUUUCCAUUGCUAAUGUUGUUAUUUUUGCGAAUUGGGGGGAUUGUUCUUCCGAUAUAUGUUAUGGUGAGAGCAGUUGCUGCUCUACAGCGUCGCCGCUGUCAACAGGAGCCUCCAAAUUUGGAUUUCAUUAUGCCUGAUGAAGAUUCCGAGCAAUCAACAAUACAGGCUCAGCCACGAACAAGCAAUGUUCCUUAGGCCGUGUCAAAACUUCAACAGAAAGUUUGGAAUUUACUCUGGAAAUACAGAAGCAGGUUUUAAGCAUAUGUAUGAUAAUGAAUGAUUGUCCAGUUUCUGUUGCUCGUCGUCUACUUACUUUGUACAGUCAGACAUAUCCAACUGUAUAUACAAAUGUCUAUACGAAGAAGAAUACCAAAUUAUCAAUGAAGAUAUAGUCAUUUCAUCA